GUCCUGAGCCCUGCCUGAGCCUGUACUGAGCGCGUCCAUGGUCGUCGGCAGUCAAAAGCGGUCUUUGAAGAAUCACUGAUACCGUCAAGAUUCCGUCUCCAAGGAUUUUCUACCUGCAGAAGAUUGUCAUGCUACCCACUGUCUCGUGAGCGUCAUGAUCGGAAUCCGUCUCCGACGCGUACUGCUCCCUGCUAUCUUACCCGGCACGCCGUCCGACCUUAUCUUAGAAGUGGAACUGGAAGAAGUGGCAUACAUGUGUAUACGUUGCCAAUGAGGGACGGUUGGGCGAUCUUGCGAGAACAUCGGGCCCCGGCUACUUCAUUCUUUUUUCUUCACGUCUUGAUGUUCCAUAUUCGUCUGCUUCACAGUACCUACUUCUCCUGGGUAUUUGCAUGCUGCUCCGACCUGUCAGAUGGCUGCCUGGUGCCCAAAGAGACGAGGCACACGAGUAUUCACAGCCUCGCAGCGCAUUAUAGGGUGGUUCCACAUCUUUGGCCAUUCAUGUAUGCAUGUCAUCAUGUCUGUUCAGUUCUUGUAGUGCUUGAAGCUCCUCGCUCUCCACAGAUGCCGUACCUAACGCUGUACUCAAAUUAUCCUCCGCGCCGUGCGUUAACAGCCUUGAGUUAGAUGCUGUAGCUCUGCUACGACAUAUACCCCAAAGCGUGAUAGCGCGUCGCUCACCGACUUCGAGACCGCGUCAAGGCGAUUCCACGUCGAUGAAGACUUGUCUUCCAGACGAGCUUACGCCAAAUAAUCCUACAAUGCGAUUGUGAAGGUGCUCAGACACGCACACUCGUACACACUGUGCUUGACGCAGUCGCAGCAUCUCUCGCAUGCGCGCUCUGGCCACAACAAGAGAGUGGGACAGAUGGCGAGCGGCAUCGUCUUGCGUUCAAACUUUCUUUAUUGCAUCCGUCACAGGUUCGCUCCCUUGUUUGCGUCGCUCAGGCAUGUCGUAUACAGAGAGAUAUGCUAUUAUUCAUGAUCCCCGG